AUAAAGCCAGAAGAGCGAGAAGAAGAGAAGAGGGGGCUUGCGCACUGCGUUGUAAUAAUAAAAGACCGUAUCUCGUUGAAACUUAAAACUGUGUCCUCACAACUUUUUUGUCAUGGCUUAGAGUCAAGGUCAUGACAAAAUGGGGGCUCGUCUCGUUCUGAACCCGGCUGUUAAUGUGAGUAGAUACUGAUCUUUAGAGCAUUAAAAUCACGUAGUGAGUUCGCACGUUCCACUCAGCUGAUGCCUCGCGGUGGGAGGUAAAGAAAUUGUCUGUGUGGACGCAGUAGUUUUUUGUUUUCAGUAUUGUGGGAGAUUGGAAACAACAUUCUACUUCUGUAUUCGGCAACGGUAGGUGAGUAAGUGUUGACUGCUGCACUGAUACGAUAAGUAGCGAAGGUGUGUUCCUGUUGAGGGUAGUGGCGUUGUCCUUGGGAUUUCGCCUAUAAUGGUGGUAGUGUUGUGGUGAAGACGGUUCGGUUAGAGCAUUCGUGCGCUCCGUGGCUCAAGCGGAGUUACCAGAUAAUGGUCGCUCUUGUUUGGCUGUCGGGCUUGCGCUUAAUAACCCACCGUCAUUAGCUGCAUGAAGGGCUAGGUUUAGUUAGCUAGGUAGUUGGGCCUCAGAUAUUUAGAGGAACGCACCUUGCGCUACUGUUGUUGUUGGGAAGUUGUGCAGUUAGUCUCGCCUGCUUAUUGUUUGGCGUUGUGCGUGAAUAUUAAAAUGCCGUCCGUAGAGGAGUUUGCUGCUGCUCCAUCGCAUGAAGCUUUAGACCAAUGCUCUAAGGAUCAGUUGCUUAAAAUAGCUGAACAUUAUGAAUUGCAAAUUUCUAGCAGCUUUGCUAAAGAUAAGGUGAAGGCAAUUGUUAGGAGUAAUAUAGCUGAAUCUGGCAUUUUGCCUGGAGUCGAAAAAACGGCUACAUCCUCUUUUGCCUCUGUGUCCAUGGAGGGGUUAUCUUUUCAGCAGAGGAAAGAAUUGUUACGGUUGCAAAUUGACCACGAGAAGUUUAAGGUCAGUGCUGAACAUGAGAAAGCUGUAACUUUAGAGAAGAUUCGCCAGGAGACCGAACAAGUUAGGUUGGAAUUUGAGCAUAAACUCCAAAUGGAGCGGGAGGCUAAGGUGCAUGCGCGGCCACACUCGAGGCUUGAAAGUGGUUCAGACGUCUCGAGUUUUGACGUGCUCGGUAAUGUACGUUUGAUGCCUAAGUUUUCGCAAAGUGAUCCAGACUCAUUUUUUCUGUUGUUCGAUCGGGUGGCAGAGGCACGCGAGUGGCCAGAUUCUGUCCGCACACUAAUGUUAUCAUCUGUGUUGACCGGUAGGGCUCAGGAAGUUUAUUCUGCAAUGUCUUCUCCUGAGUGUGAGGAUUAUGUUAAAGUUAAAGAUACAAUUUUGAAGGCAUAUGAGCGUGUUCCUGAGUUUUACAGGCAAAGAUUUAGAACGUGGAAAAAGGGCUACAAGCAAACUCACCUCGAGUUUGUGCGUGAUUUAAAGUUGUUUUUUUCUCGUUGGUGUAGGCCUGCAGAGGUGGAUGACUAUGAUAGCUUACGUGAGCUCAUUGUGUUGGAGCAAUUUAAAAAUUCGGUUCCUGAGCGCGUAGCUACACAUAUUAGUGAACAGAAGGUUCGUAAGGUACUUGAAGCAGCUGCAAUUGCAGAUGAUUAUGUAUUAAUUCACCAGAACACUAACGCUGCGGAACGCCGAGGGCAACCUGCGCAUGGGAGUGGCACUGGUGUGCCUGCUGGGGGCUUCACUGGCCAGAGUAGAACAGUUCAGUCUGGUGCUGGCAAUUUUGGUGGGUUUCGUAGUGGAGAUAAAGUUUGCGAUGUGUGUCACAAGCGGGGUCAUUUAAGGGCUGAUUGUUAUUCACUGAAAUCUAGCAGAUAUCCAUUUGGUCCGGGUAUGCAAGCGAAGGGUGCAGGCUUGGCAGUACCUGGGCAGCACCACGAGCCUAAUGCAGUCCCCGUGGAUUCACAAGUAAAGUGUGCUGAUACAGCUGUGUUAGAUCCUUAUGCACCGUUUGUAAGAAUGGGGUAUGUAUCUAUGGUGGGCAGUGAUGUUGGGGUACCUGUUAAGAUCCUGAGAGAUACUGGGGCGUUUGACUCUUUUAUCCGAGGAGGUGUGUUGCCAUUGUCAAAGGAGACUGAGGUUGGCAGUUCUGUUCUUGUGCGGGGAAUGGGAAUGAGUGUUUUGCAUGUGCCAUUACACAGUCAUCCUGCAUUGCGAUUUGUUCCAGGGUGAAACUGUGCUAGCUGUUCGCCCAGCACUGCCAAUAAAAGGGGUCUCUGUGAUUCUCGGUAACAACAUUGCGGGUGCUCAGAUGUGGCCCGAUUGCUCUCCUGCCCUUCUUACAGAAUCAAGGCCAUGUUUGAUGUCAGGGCCUGAUGAAUGUGAGAGGGACUUUCCUGACACGUUUGCAGCCUGCGCUGUUACACGCGCCAUGGCGCAGGAGAAACCUGAACGUGCCACACCUGGUGAGUAGUGUUCCACUGAAGUUUUCAUUUCCUAUGUCUGACUUUCCUGUGUCUGUGCCCCGCAGUGAACUGGUCACAGAGCAGAACGCUGAUCGAUCAUUGGCCGGGUUGUAUGGCCAGGUACGUCCUCCUGGUGAAAUGGAGGACAGUGCAUGUGGUUACUUCCUUGAAGACUCCCUGCUGGUGCACCAGUUGCUGGGAUCUCAGGGAACGGUACAAUGAGCUAGUGGGGUAAUGUAUGAGGUUUUUGUCAAGUCAGCAGCUUGAUGUUUAUUACUUCCGGACAGAAGUUGGUUGUUAACACAGUUGUCCGUAGUGAUGCGUAUUUUUUGCAUUUAAUGGGGAUCUUUGUUUGACUGGUUGUAAUUUUGGGUUUAGUUUAUUGGUUAAAUUAAUGUUUAGUUGGGGGCUGUUGGGAUUCCAGUUGGAAGCCCGCCUUUUGUGGGAGGGGGGUGUCAUGGCCUACUGGCUAUGCCUGUUACCUGCUCUUUUUCCAUCUAUGUUGUAGGCGUGGCUGCAGCAGGCCAUUAGUGGAAAAGUGAUUACACCUGGGCCCGGCGUCUCCACGGGCUAUAACAUCCACCAGAGAGAGAGAAGGGGCUCGCGCACUGCGUUGUAAUAAUAAAA